GGGGCCUAGGGAGGGAGCGGGCCGCGUCUCACGCGAGGAGUUCCUAGUGAAGUGGCGGGAGUGGCAGCUAUGGAGCCGCUGGAGGAGAGAGAAGCGAAGGUUGCUGUGUGGUUAAAAAAAAUAUUUGGAGAUCAUCCCAUUCCACAGUAUGAGGUGAACCCACGGACCACAGAGAUUUUACAUCACCUUUCAGAACGCAACAGGGUCCGGGACAGGGAUGUCUACCUGGUGAUAGAGGACUUGAAGCAGAAAGCAAGUGAAUACGAGUCAGAAGCCAAGUAUCUUCAAGACCUGCUCAUGGAGAGUGUGAAUUUUUCCCCUGCCAAUCUCUCUAGCACUAGUUCCAGGUAUCUGAAUGCUUUGGUUGACAGUGCGAUGGCCCUUGAAACAAAGGAUACCUCACUAGCUAGUUUUAUCCCUGCAGUGAAUGAUUUGACCUCUGACCUCUUUCGUACCAAAUCCAAAAGUGAAGCAAUAAAGAUUGAACUGGAAAAACUUGAAAAAAAUCUAACGGCAACUUUAGUAUUAGAAAAAUGUCUACAAGAGGAUCUCAAGAAAGCAGAGUUGCAUCUGUCUGCAGAAAGGGCCAAAGUUGAUAAUCGUCGUCAGAACAUGGACUUUCUAAAAGCAAAGUCAGAGGAAUUCAGAUUUAGAAUCAAGGCUGCAGAGGAGCAACUUUCAGCCAGAGGCAUGGAUGCUUCUCUGUCUCACCAGUCCCUAGUAGCACUGUCAGAGAAACUGGCAAAAUUAAAGCAGCAGACUAUACCUUUGAAGAAAAAAUUGGAGUCCUAUUUAGACUUAAUGCCGAAUCCAUCUCUUGCUAAAGUGAAAAUUGAAGAAGCAAAGCGAGAAUUAGAUAGCAUUGAAGCUGAACUUACAAGGAGAGUAGACAUGAUGGAACUGUGACAAGAGCCAAGUAAACAUCCUUUUUUUUCUAACAGAAAAUUGAAUAAGACUUUACAGAGUUCUUUUUCCUCUUGGCAUUUCUUUUUUUUUUUUUUUUGAGACGGAGUUUCGCU